AUAACUACUCUCAGCCACCGCAGCUUCGCGCGGCGCGUCAAACCGCGCUCGAGACGCCAAAAACAGCUGUCUCCAAGCCAGGCAACAAAAAUCGUCUCAGCGCUAAAAAACCGCCGCUGUAACGCGUAAAACGACAGCGAAAACAUGUCCAUGGGCGGAGCCCUAGGCAAGUUCAUCGCCGCCGACGCCGAGGUCGGCCUCGCGGUCAAGGUCUACCACCGCGUGAACCUCGCGCUGCUCGGCGCGACGCCCGUGGCGCUGGCCACAGACAACACGUUCCUGUCCUUCCCCGUGGACAUGGGUUUGGCAAUCAUGUUCCCGCUCCACGGCCACAUCGGCAUGAAUUAUGUCAUUACGGACUACGUGCCCAAGCUCUUCUCCAAGGCCGCCGUCGGCCCGGCGCGCGCCGUCAUGGUCGGCGUCACGGGUUUCACGAUGCUCGGCCUGACGAAGCUGAACGUCGAGGGCCCGGGCAUCACGGGCACGCUCAAGGCGCUCUGGCGGAAGGAGUAAGCACAACAUUGUUACU